AUGGAGGAUCACAUGUUUGGUGUUCAGCAAAUCCAGCCCAAUGUCAUUUCUGUUCGUCUUUUCAAGCGCAAAGUUGGGGGCCUGGGAUUCCUGGUGAAGGAGCGGGUCAGUAAGCCACCUGUGAUCAUCUCCGACCUGAUUCGUGGGGGCGCCGCGGAGCAGAGUGGCCUCAUCCAGGCCGGAGACAUCAUUCUUGCAGUCAACGGCCGGCCCUUGGUGGACCUGAGCUAUGACAGCGCCCUGGAGGUACUCAGAGGCAUUGCCUCCGAGACCCACGUGGUCCUCAUUCUGAGGGGCCCUGAAGGCUUCACCACGCACCUGGAGACCACCUUUACAGGUGAUGGGACCCCCAAAACCAUCCGGGUGACACAGCCCCUGGGUCCCCCCACCAAAGCUGUGGAUCUGUCCCACCAGCCAUCGGCCGGCAAAGAACAACCCCCGGCAGUGGAUGGGGCCUCGGGUCCUGGGAAUGGGCCUCAGCAUGCCCAAGACGAUGGGCAGGAGGCUGGCUCGCUCCCCCAUGCCAACGGCCUGGCCCCCAGGCCCCCAGGCCAGGACCCUGCAAAGAAAGCAGCCAGAGUCGGCCUCCAAGGCAGAGGGGAGAACAAUGAACUGCUCAAGGAGAUAGAGCCUGUGCUGAACCUUCUCACCAGUGGGAGCAGAGGGGUCAAGGGAGGGACACCUGCCAAGGCAGAGAUGAAAGAUAUGGGAAUCCAGGUGGACAGAGAUUUGGACGGCAAAUCACACAAACCUCUGCCCCUUGGUGUGGAGAACGACCGAGUCUUCAAUGACCUAUGGGGGAAGGGCAAUGUGCCCGUCGUCCUCAACAACCCAUAUUCAGAGAAGGAGCAGCCCCCUGCCUCAGGAAAACAGUCCCCCACAAAGAAUGGCAGCCCCUCCAAGUGUCCACGCUUCCUCAAAGUCAAGAACUGGGAGACUGACGUGGUUCUCACUGACACCCUCCACCUUAACAGCACAUUGGAAACGGGAUGCACUGAGUACAUCUGCAUGGGCUCCAUCAUGCUUCCUUCUCAGCAUAUACGGAGGCCUGAAGAUGUCCGCACAAAAGAACAGCUCUUCCCUCUCGCCAAAGAGUUUAUUGAUCAAUACUAUUCAUCAAUUAAAAGAUUUGGCUCCAAAGCCCACAUGGAAAGGCUGGAAGAGGUGAACAAAGAGAUCGAAACCACUAGCACCUACCAGCUCAAGGAUACAGAGCUCAUCUACGGAGCCAAGCAUGCCUGGCGGAAUGCCUCGCGCUGUGUGGGCAGGAUCCAGUGGUCCAAGCUGCAGGUAUUCGAUGCUCGCGACUGCACCACAGCCCACGGGAUGUUCAACUACAUCUGCAACCACGUCAAGUAUGCCACCAACAAAGGGAACCUCAGGUCUGCCAUCACCAUAUUCCCCCAGAGGACAGACGGCAAGCACGACUUCCGAGUCUGGAACUCCCAGCUCAUCCGCUACGCUGGCUACAAGCAGCCCGACGGCUCCACCCUGGGGGACCCGGCCAACGUGCAGUUCACAGAGAUUUGCAUACAGCAGGGCUGGAAACCCCCGAGAGGCCGCUUUGAUGUCCUGCCGCUCCUGCUUCAGGCCAACGGCAAUGACCCUGAGCUCUUCCAGAUUCCUCCAGAGCUGGUGUUGGAAGUUCCCAUCAGGCACCCCAAGUUUGAGUGGUUCAAGGACCUGGGGCUGAAGUGGUACGGCCUCCCUGCCGUGUCCAACAUGCUCCUGGAGAUUGGCGGCCUGGAGUUCAGCGCCUGUCCCUUCAGUGGCUGGUACAUGGGCACAGAGAUUGGUGUCCGCGACUACUGUGACAACUCCCGCUACAAUAUCCUGGAGGAAGUGGCCAAGAAGAUGAACUUAGACAUGAGGAAGACGUCCUCACUGUGGAAGGACCAGGCGCUGGUGGAGAUCAAUAUCGCGGUUCUCUAUAGCUUCCAGCCUGCCGACUGGGUGUGGAUUGUGCCCCCCAUGUCUGGAAGCAUCACCCCUGUGUUCCACCAGGAGAUGCUCAACUACCGGCUCACCCCCUCCUUCGAAUACCAGCCUGAUCCCUGGAACACCCACGUCUGGAAAGGCACCAACGGGACCCCCACAAAGCGGCGAGCCAUCGGCUUCAAGAAACUGGCAGAAGCUGUCAAGUUCUCGGCCAAGCUGAUGGGGCAGGCUAUGGCCAAGAGGGUCAAAGCAACCAUCCUGUAUGCCACGGAGACAGGCAAAUCGCAAGCUUAUGCCAAGACCUUGUGUGAGAUCUUCAAACACGCCUUUGAUGCCAAGGUGAUGUCCAUGGAAGAAUAUGACAUCGUGCACCUGGAACAUGAAACUCUGGUCCUCGUGGUUACCAGCACCUUUGGCAACGGAGAUCCCCCUGAGAAUGGGGAGAAAUUUGGCUGUGCGUUGAUGGAAAUGAGGCACCCCAACUCUGUGCAGGAAGAAAGGAAGUGCCCGGAACCCUUGCGUUUCUUUCCCCGUAAAGGGCCUCCCCUCCCCCAUGGUGACACAGAAGUCCACGGUCUGGCUGCAGCCCGUGACAGCCAGCACAGGAGCUACAAGGUCCGAUUCAAUAGCGUCUCCUCCUACUCUGACUCCCAAAAAUCAUCAGGCGAUGGGCCCGACCUCAGAGACAACUUUGAGAGUGCUGGACCCCUGGCCAAUGUGAGGUUCUCAGUGUUUGGUCUUGGCUCACGAGCAUACCCUCACUUUUGCGCCUUCGGACAUGCUGUGGACACCCUCCUGGAAGAACUGGGAGGGGAGAGGAUCCUGAAGAUGAGGGAAGGGGAUGAGCUCUGUGGGCAGGAAGAGGCUUUCAGGACCUGGGCCAAGAAGGUCUUCAAGGCAGCCUGUGAUGUCUUCUGUGUGGGAGAUGAUGUCAACAUUGAAAAGGCGAACAAUUCCCUCAUCAGCAAUGACCGCAGCUGGAAGAGAAACAAGUUCCGCCUCACCUAUGUGGCCGAAGCUCCAGAACUCACGCAAGGUCUAUCCAAUGUCCACAAAAAGCGAGUCUCAGCUGCCCGACUCCUUAGCCGUCAAAACCUCCAGAGCCCUAAAUCCAGUCGGUCAACUAUCUUCGUGCGUCUCCACACCAACGGGAAUCAGGAGCUGCAGUACCAGCCUGGGGACCACCUGGGCGUCUUCCCUGGCAACCACGAGGACCUCGUAAAUGCCCUGAUCGAGCGGCUGGAAGACGCACCCCCUGUCAACCAGAUGGUGAAAGUGGAACUGCUGGAGGAGCGGAACACGGCUUUAGGCGUCAUCAGUAACUGGACAGACGAGCACCGCCUCCCACCCUGCACCAUCUUCCAGGCCUUCAAGUACUACCUGGACAUCACCACGCCACCAACGCCCCUGCAGCUGCAGCAGUUUGCCUCCCUAGCCACCAAUGAGAAGGAGAAGCAGCGUCUGCUGGUCCUCAGCAAGGGUUUGCAGGAGUAUGAGGAAUGGAAAUGGGGCAAGAACCCCACCAUCGUGGAGGUGCUGGAGGAGUUCCCAUCCAUCCAGAUGCCGGCCACCCUGCUCCUGACCCAGCUGUCCCUGCUGCAGCCCCGCUACUAUUCCAUCAGCUCCUCCCCAGACAUGUACCCUGAUGAAGUGCACCUCACUGUGGCCAUCGUUUCCUACCGCACUCGAGAUGGAGAAGGACCAAUUCACCACGGCGUGUGCUCCUCCUGGCUCAACCGGAUACAGGCUGACGAAGUGGUCCCCUGUUUCGUGAGAGGAGCACCCAGCUUCCACCUGCCCCGGAACCCCCAAGUCCCCUGCAUCCUCGUUGGACCGGGCACCGGCAUUGCACCUUUCCGAAGCUUCUGGCAACAGCGGCAAUUUGAUAUCCAACACAAAGGAAUGAACCCCUGCCCCAUGGUCCUGGUCUUCGGGUGCCGGCAAUCCAAGAUAGAUCAUAUCUACAGGGAAGAGACCCUGCAGGCCAAGAACAAGGGGGUCUUCAGAGAGCUGUACACGGCUUACUCCCGGGAGCCAGACAAACCAAAGAAGUACGUGCAGGACAUCCUGCAGGAGCAGCUGGCGGAGUCUGUGUACCGAGCCCUGAAGGAGCAAGGGGGCCACAUUUACGUCUGUGGGGACGUCACCAUGGCCGCUGAUGUCCUCAAAGCCAUCCAACGCAUCAUGACCCAGCAGGGGAAGCUCUCGGCAGAGGACGCCGGCGUGUUCAUCAGUCGGAUGAGGGAUGACAACCGGUACCACGAGGAUAUUUUCGGAGUCACCCUGCGAACGUAUGAAGUGACCAACCGCCUUAGAUCUGAGUCCAUUGCCUUCAUUGAAGAGAGCAAAAAAGACACCGAUGAGGUUUUCAGCUCCUAACUGGACCCUCUUGCCCAGCCGGCUGCAAGUUUUGUAAGCGUGGACAGACACUGCUGAACCUUUCCUCUGGGACCCUGCGUGGCCCUCGCUCUGCCUCCUGUCCUUGUCGCUGUGCCCUGGUUUCCCUCCUCGGGGUUCUCGCCCCUCAGUGGUCUCCUCGGCCCUCCUGGGUUUCCUCCUUGAGUUUUCCUGCUGCGAUGCAAUGCUUUUCUAAUCUGCAGUGGCUCUUACAAAACUCUGUUCCCGCCCCCUCUCUUGCUGACAAGGGCAGCUCACGGGUGCAUGAAACCACUGGAACAUGGCCGUCGCUGUGGGGUUUUUUUUUCUCUGGGGUUCCCCUGGAAAGGCUGCAGGAACUAGGCACAAGCUCUCUGAGCCAGUCCCUCAGCUGCUGAAGUCCCCUUCUUUUUUAUGAUGACAUUUUGGUGG